UAAAAAAUGCAUAAAACAAUUACAUCACUACGAUGACACAACAUGCAUGAAUAGUUUCAUUCAACAGAUCGAAAAGAAGUCUAUGACGUGGAGGUUAAAGUAUGAGUGAAAUACAGGGAGUUCGAGGUUUCAGAUAUUCUAAUUGGGCCAACACUUUCUCUUGUGAACCUGAGUUGUACUUUGAACCAACCAAUGUGGACGAAAUUCGUCAGAUUAUAUUCAAAGCAAGAAAGGAGAAAAAGAAAAUUAAAGUUAUUGGCUUUGGUCAUUCUCCAUCUGAUAUACCAUGCACACAAGAUUAUAUGAUCAAUUUGUUACACAUGAACAAAAUUAUUAGUGUGGAUAAAGAAACUAUGCAAAUAAAGGCAGAAGCUGGAUUGACAUUGCAUGAUCUUCACCAAGAAGCACAAAAACAAGGCUUAGCUGUGUCCAUAAUUCCAUCAGUCUCCUACAUAACUCUUGGAGGUUUGUUGGCUACUGGCACUCAUGGUACUGGGGGAAAACAUGGUAUCUUAGCAACAUAUGUUACCGAAAUGACAUUAAUUACAGCCCAAGGAGAAAUAAUCAAAUGUAGUGCUUCAUCAAAUAAAGAUAUCUUUGAUGCUGCACGAUGUCACUUGGGAGCCUUAGGUAUUAUACUUGAUGUGACAUGGCAGUGUGAAAUGGCUUUUAAACUUUGUUCUGAGACAGAGGCUGUAACAUUUGAUGAGCUUAUGACUCACAUUGAUAGCAAAGUUGAUGAAUGUGAGCAUUUUAAAUGUCAUUGGUGGCCACAUACUGAAAAUGUCAGUUGUCAUAGAGUUAAUCGUAGCAGUGAGCCAAUAAAAGAGUCAGUCAGUUGGUUUUGGAAUCAUCUAAUCGGCUUUCACUUGUUGCAGUUUUUGUACUGGCUCAGCACAUUUUUUCCAUGGUUCAUAAAAUACAUCAAUAAAUAUCAUUUCAUUUUGCUGAAGUCAAAACCGGAGAAAAUUAUCAACGAAGCAGAGAAGAUUUUCACAAUGAAUUGUCUUUUUCCCCAAUAUACUACAGAAUGGGCCAUUCCAAGAGAAAAGACAGUUUAUGCUUUGAAACAAAUGAAGAAAUGGUUGGAAACCUCUGGUUUUUAUGCUCAUAUGCCUGUGGAAGUUAGAUUUGUUGCCAAAGACAAUAUAUAUCUUAGUCCAGCCUUUGGUCAUGAUGUGUGCUUUAUUGGAAUUAUUAUGUAUCGACCUUAUGGAAAAUCCGUUGAGAUUGAAGACUUUUGGAAUUUUUAUGAAGAUUUGAUGUUUUCUGUUGGUGGUCGACCUCACUGGGCUAAAGCUCAUAAACUUGAUUUAAAUGCUCUACAAAAACUUUACCCAAACUUGGAUGAUUUUCUCAAUGUCUGCAUCAAACUUGAUCCGGAUCGUUUGUUUGUUAACAAAUACUUGGAGCGUACCUUAUUUCCUUUGGAGUCACAAAACCAUAAUUAUUUACAAAAUCAUGCCAAGUAAGGGCUCAUUUUAUCUCCCAUGGCAGAAGUUAACUACAAUAGUGAAAUAACAACUUUAAUGCCCUGAGACAAAGAGUAUUAGCUACGUAUUUAUGUUCAGUUCAUGACCCAUCAUUGUGCAGGGGCAUCUUAAACAAGAGGGGUAGGGCAAACCCCCUCUUUUCUUUGAAGGGGGCAGUGCCCCCACCUCAUUUUGCGUUAAAAAAAGAAAAGUUACUUAGAAAGAAAAUGUAAAUUGAGGAUAAACAUGCGUAUCUACAAUGCAGCUGAGUGGACUUGUUUAGAAUCACGCAGGAAUCUUUAGUAAUUCUUCUAUUUCAUUAUUUUUGUUACAUGUACGAUUGGGCGACGGGCGUUGCCAAAGGCGUUUACUUAGCAGCAUGUAAAUUGGUACUCAUGAUGAUUCUCAAUUUUUAAUUUUAAUUGUCAAUGCUGAAAAAAAUGUAGAAAUCGACGUCUGAAAAAUGCAUCAGUUGACAAUACAUAAUUAAAGAUAAAUGUGUAAUGAUUCAGUUCUAAAGCUCAUACAUUAUACAUUUAUUUACUUGAGGUACGAAAAAGGUCACAAAAAAAUGCUAAAAGACCUUUAUAAUUUCUAAAAAUAAAUUCGAUAUUAUAUGCAAGCUAUAUAGAGUUAUAUUCUUGUUAUACUCUUGAAGGAAACAAUUAUGAAACUUUUA